AUGGUUAAAUGUCUUUAUCGUUCUCCUUUGGCUACUGCUCUAACCAUAGCAGAGAAUGUCCAUUUGUUUAAUCUAUCCAAGAUAGAAAGUGUUUCGGCAUCGACUACUCUUCUGAAACAACGGGGAGAAGCAAAGAAGGCAUCUGGUGAAGAAAUCAAGAAACCAGCUAGUGGCUCUGAUAAGCAUGAACAAAAGCUGAAAACAAAUGAUCCGAAGGGUAAUGAAGCUUCGGGAUCGAAAGAGAUUGAUGAGAAUCUGCGAAUUGCCAAGGAAGCCAAAGCUCGAGAAAAGGAAGCCCGUGAAGCCCAAGUUACCAUGGAAACUCAAAAGCUUCUAUUUCCUUCCUGGUCUAGGAAGUAUACUCAGAACUAA